CACGUGACAAAAAAAAUUAGAACCAAAAUGGCCGCUGUUAUAUUUUGACGUGUAAUAGUAGCUACUUUUCUUUUUGUUUCGCUCCUGGCCUGACAGAAAAGCCAAGCCAGCGGGAGACUUAUUGGACAAGCUGUCCGUUACCAGUCCUCGCGCAGUCGUCUCCUCAUUUUCAUCUCCGAGACAAUCAAGCCUGACACAUAUUAAACGAGUUGGACUAUGCAUAUCUAAUUGAGUGAGGCUAGCUAGCAGGCUCUGGCUGGCACACAGUGCAGUAGUUCAAAUUGAGAUCACUGGUUAAACUUUCACCUUUUGAUGGAGGAAUUGAGUGCAGAUGAGAUUCGCAGAAGGCGAUUGGCUCGGCUGGCAGGGGGACAGACCUCACAGCCCAACACCCCUCUCAGCACUCCACUGACAUCCCCACAGAGAGAAACUCCACCGGGACCCCUUCCUGGACCCUCAGGUGUAACAUCUCAGCCCUUGCCACCAGCUGCCUCUCAAUCAUUGGGGCUCAAUGCUCACAGCAGUACUCCUGCCACAUCCCCGAUUGGGACCACUGGUGUGGCUUAUGGCAGUCAAAGUAGUGAAGGUGUGAGCUCCCUUUCCAGCUCUCCCUCCAACAGCCUUGAGACUCAGUCCCAGAGUUUGUCUCGAUCCCAGAGCAUGGACAUCGACACAACUACUUGUGAAAAGAGCAUGUCCCAAGUGGAUGUGGAUUCUGGGAUUGAGAACAUGGAGGUGGAAGACAGUGACCGCAGGGAGAAAAGAAACCUGACUGAAAGAGAAACCUCCACAAACUCAGAUGUCACAGAGGACCAGGCUCUGCAGCUCAUAUGUAAGAUCCUUCGUGUGUCAUGGAAGGAGCAGCAUAGAGAUGUCAUUUUCCUCCCUUCACUGGCUGCUGAAUUCCAGCGUAACCCUAAAGAUGUUUACUCUGAUUUCAAAGACCUAAUCAGCCAGAUCCUGAUGGAGGUCCUCAUGAUGUCCACCCAGUCGCCUGUCCAUAAUCCUUUUGCCAGCUUGACCGCCACGUCGCAGCCGAUUGCAGCAGCCAAAUCUCCCGACAGACACUUGACAUUGAUAGAGCCCUCGAGCCAAGGUGGAAGCCCCAUGGGUCCCAAUGCAGGGUCCUUUGGAGCCAGCUCCCUGUCAAGCCUGUAUGCGUGUGGUAGUCCUUCCUCAAUUACCAUGGAGGCAGACAAGAGGACCUCAACAAAUAUUCCCACUUCCACCACUUCCUCUGUACCUUCCACUCUGUCUACACCCCAGUUCAUUGUUCCACCCAGCCCACCUACUGCCACUGCUUCCCUGAGACAGUCUCUCAACCCUCCUUCUGCCCCCAUGCCCAUCUCCCUUCGCUAUCGCCCUUACUCUGUCUCAUCUCCCUGGGGAACUCUGUCCCCAUCCAGCCCAGGACAUAGAGCAUUUAGCUUCUUUUCAGCUUCUCCCAGCCCGGCAGCCCCCACUGUGCCUCCGAAUACACCAGUUCCUCUGCCAACACCUAGCUCCCUGUCCCUCUUCUUGAGUUCGCCCCCUACGCUUCUGCCUUCUCCCAGAACACAUGCCCGACAGACUGCCUUUGUGUCAAGGAUCCCACCUUCUAGCCCCUUGUCCCUCCUGUUUGGCCUUUCUGACAUAUCUCAGGACAGCAGCGAUGAAGAGUCUGAGGAGGAGGAGGAUUUUGCGCGGGUUCAGUUUGGGUCCAGUCAUGGUGCAUGUGGAGGGUCAGUGUCUUGUGAUCCGGCAUGCGACCGCUUCACUAUUGAAGCAUGCAAGGAGACAGAGAUGCUGAACUACCUCAUUGAGCGCUUUGAGAGUGUUGGCAUGGAGGAGAGGAAAGCUCCUAAGAUGUGUAACCAACCAAAUGUCAGCCAGCUUCUGAGCAACAUUCGCUCUCAGUGUAUCUCUCACGUUGCCCUGGUCUUGCAAGGCUCUCUGACCCAACCCCGGAGCCCUCUCCAGCAUUCUCUGCUGGUACCUUAUAUGUUGUGCCGGAACCUCCCAUAUGGCUUUAUUCCGGAACUGGUGCGCAUUACCCACCAGGAAGAAGAAGUAUUCAGACAGAUCUUCAUUCCUAUUCUCCAUGGGCUGGCUCUUGCAAUGAAAGAAUGUUCCUUUGACAGCGACAACUAUAAAUUCCCCCUUAUGGCAUUAGCUGAGCUCUGUGAAAUCAAGUUUGGAAAGACUCAUCCUGUGUGUAGUUUGGUAACAUCACUUCCUCUGUGGUGUCCCAAACCUUUGAGCCCAGGAUGUGGCAGAGAGAUCCAGAGGCUAUCCUACCUUGGUGCUUUCUUCAGCCUCUCUGUGUUUUCUGAGGAUGAUACCAAAGUAGGAGACAAGUACUUCUCUGGUCCAGCUAUCACCAUGGAGAACACGAGAGUCGUCAGCCAAUCCUUGCAGCACUACCUAGAGUCUUCAAGGGGUGACCUGUUUAAAAUUCUUCACAACAUCCUACUCAAUGGAGAGACGCGGGAUUUAGCCCUAAAUUACAUGGCAGCUUUAGUCAAUUAUAAUGUGAAGAAAGCUCAGAUGCAGACUGAUGACAAGCUGGUGUCGACAGACGGUUUCAUGCUCAACUUCCUGACAGUGCUGCAGCAACUCAGCAUGAAAAUCAAGUUGGAGACUGUGGAUCCCUUCUUCAUUUUCCAUCCCCGUUGUCGCCUUGUCGUCAGCCCUGAGGAGACCCGGCUGAAGGCCACAAUGGAGGAGCUCAAGAGCUGGAUAUCUGAGCUACACGAAGAUCCAACUAAAUUCUCUGAGCCCAAGUUCCCUACAGAGUGUUUCUUUUUGACCCUGCAUACGCACCAUUUGUCUAUCUUGCCUGGCUGCAGGCGCUACAUCCGCAGGUUGCGGGCAAUUCGUGAACUUAACAGGACUGUUGAGGAGCUGAAAAACAGUGAAGCCCAAUGGAAGGAUUCUCCCCUGGCCAAUCGCCACAGAGAAAUGCUAAAGCGCUGCAAAACCCAGCUCAAGAAACUGGUUCGAGCCAAAGCUUGCGCUGACGUGGGCCUUCUGGAUGAGAAUCUGCUCCGCAGAUGUCUGCAGUUCUACAGUACUGUCAUUCAGUUCAUUCUCCGAAUGGUGGACCCUGCUUACCCAAACAUUACCCUGCCAUUGAACCCUGAGAUUCCCAAAAGUUUUGCUGUGCUCCCCGAGUUCUAUAUUGAAGAUGUAGCUGAGUUUUUACUUUUCGUUGUGCAGUAUUCUCCCCAAGUUUUAUAUGAGCCUUGUGUUCAAGACAUAGUCACCUUUUUAGUGGUGUUCAUCUGCAGUCAGAACUACAUCAGGAAUCCAUACCUUAUUGCUAAGUUGGUAGAAGUCCUGUUUGUCACCAACCCUGCUGUGCAGCUUCGCACUCAGCGCUUUUCAGAAAUGAUGGAGAACCACCCAUUGUCCAUCAAACAGCUGGUGCCUGCCCUUAUGAAAUUCUACACUGAUGUUGAGCAUACUGGUGCCACCAGCGAGUUCUAUGAUAAGUUCACAAUAAGGUACCAUAUCAGCACUAUCUUUAAAAGUCUGUGGAAAAACAUUGCCCACCAUGGCACCUUCACGGAGGAGUUUAACGCCGGCAAACAGUUUGUCCGCUACAUCAACAUGUUAAUCAAUGACACCACCUUCCUGUUAGACGAAAGUCUUGAGUCUCUGAAGCGUAUUCAUGAGAUUCAAGAAGAAAUGAAGAAUAAGGAACAGUGGGAUCAGCUGCCCAGGGACCAGCAGCAGAGCCGUCAGUCCCAGCUGACUCAGGAUGAGCGGGUCUCUCGCUCCUAUCUGGCCCUGGCCACAGAGACAGUUGAAAUGUUUCACAUCCUCACCAAGAAGGUCCAGAAACCUUUCCUCAGGCCUGAGCUGGGCCCACGUUUAGCUGCCAUGCUGAACUUUAACCUCCAGCAGCUCUGUGGCCCCAAGUGCCGGGACCUGAAGGUGGAGAAUCCUGAGAAAUAUGGCUUUGAACCCAAAAAGCUCUUAGACCAACUAACAGACAUCUACCUGCAACUAGACUGUGCCCGAUUUGCUAAGGCAAUAGCAGAUGACCAGCGGUCGUACAGCCGAGAGCUCUUUGAGGAGGUAAUCUCAAAAAUGAGGAAGGCUGGCAUCAAGUCCUCAAUUGCCAUUGAAAAAUUCAGGCUGCUAUCAGAAAAAGUGGAGGAAAUAGUGGCCAAGAACUCCCAGUCGGAAAUGGACUACAGUGACGCACCUGAUGAGUUCAAAGACCCUUUGAUGGACACACUGAUGACCGACCCUGUGAUGCUGCCCUCGGGGAACAUCAUGGACCGAUCCAUCAUCCUUCGCCACCUGCUCAACUCUCCCACCGAUCCCUUCAACCGGCAGCCACUCACUGAGAGCAUGCUGGAGUCAAUUCCUGAACUGAAGGAGAGGAUCCAUGCUUGGAUGAGAGAGAAACAGGGAGGACGACCAAUCUAAAGACUUGUCAACACCGCCCUGCCCUGCUCUCUGUAAUGAAGACAUCUUGCCCAAAUCGCCUGAAUUCAGUGUCAUCGCUCCCAACAAUAACAAACAACAUGAUUUUAAUUCUUGCCCUCCACAGGCAACUACAAUAAUACUCAAAACACAUCAUCAUAAAGUUAUUAAUUACCUUUUUUGUUUGGUUUGGGUAUUUGUGUAUACUAUAUGUAUAUCCAAAUAUAUACAUUAUUUAACAGUUAGGGUGUCUCUCAGGCUGCUCAAAACAGUCUCCGUCACACACAGGUUUAACACAGAACUGCAUAAAAAGACUUCAUUAAAUAUUUUCCUUUA